AUGGCUUUGCUGAGCUCUUUGGGAGGGGCUGAAGGGGCUUUGGGGGCCAGUGGCACCUCUGGCCCUCUCUGGACUGUACUGUAUGACUAUGAAGCCACUGGAGAAGAUGAGCUGAGCUUGCGGCGGGGCGAAGUGGUCGAGGUUCUCUCUAAAGAUGCUGCGGUUUCUGGAGAUGAUGGCUGGUGGGCAGGCAAAAUCCGCCACCGCCUUGGUAUCUUCCCAGCCAACUAUGUGACUUAUCAACCAGGGCGCUGUCAACAUCCCCAGCGGGGAUUAUUAGAGAAGUCUGGACAUCCAGGCCAAAGCCUAACAAUGGGCGAUGGGCAUUCCACAAGCGGUGAAGACCAUUUGGGUUCUCUUGCAGAAAUUGACUUCCAGUGUCUGGAGCUGCAAGAGAUCAUUGGAGUUGGAGGCUUUGGCAAAGUUUACAGAGCCAUGUGGAAGAGCCAGGAAGUGGCAGUGAAAGCAGCUCGGCAGGACCCGGAUGAGGACAUCAUGGCCACUGCGGAAAGUGUUCGGCAAGAAGCAAAAUUGUUCUCCAUGUUGAAACAUCCCAAUAUAAUCGAGCUUCAUGGCGUCUGUCUGCAGGAGCCCAACCUCUGCCUGGUUAUGGAAUUUGCUAGGGGAGGGCCCCUCAAUAGAGCUUUGUCAGGGGCUUCCCCAACUGCUAGUGGAAGUCAUUGGGGCCGGCGCAUACCUCCUCAUGUACUGGUCAACUGGGCGAUACAGAUAGCUCAUGGGAUGCUCUACCUACACGAAGAAGCCAUCGUUCCUAUCCUUCACAGAGACCUCAAGUCGAGCAACAUUCUGUUGCUUGAGAAGAUAGAGAAUGAUGAUAUUCAUAACAAAACUCUGAAGAUUACAGACUUUGGCUUGGCUAGAGAGUGGCACAGGACAACUAAAAUGAGUGCAGCUGGCACCUAUGCAUGGAUGGCUCCCGAAGUUAUCAAGUCCUCCAUGUUUUCUAAAGGAAGUGAUAUCUGGAGUUAUGGCGUAUUGCUGUGGGAACUGCUUACAGGAGAAGUUCCUUACCGUGGCAUUGAUGGUCUUGCGGUGGCUUAUGGUGUUGCUGUCAAUAAGCUUACUUUGCCCAUUCCAUCCACCUGUCCUGAACCAUUUGCUAAACUAAUGAAAGAAUGCUGGGCGCAGGACCCUCAUAUCCGACCAUCAUUUGCCUUGAUUCUUGAGCAGCUUACUGCCAUUGAGGGGGCUGUUACAACAGAUAUGCCUCAGGAAUCCUUCCAUUCUAUGCAAGACGACUGGAAACUGGAAAUCCAGCAGAUAUUCGAUGAACUGAGGACCAAGGAAAAAGAGCUAAGGUCACGAGAAGAAGAGUUAAAAAGAGCUGCCCUUCAUCAGAAGUCUCAAGAAGAAUUGCUGAAACGGCGUGAGCAGCAGCUAGCAGAACGGGAGAUUGAUGUAUUGGAGCGAGAACUGAAUAUUUUGAUAUUCCAGCUAAAUCAAGAGAAGCCCAAUGUGAAGAAAAGAAAGGGAAAGUUUAAAAAAAGCCGAUUAAAACUUAAAGAUGGACAUAGAAUCAGUCUGCCUUCAGAUUUCCAACACAAGAUAACUGUGCAAGCUUCCCCAAAUUUGGAUAAGCGAAGAAGUUUGAACAGUAACAGCUCUAGUCCACCAGGUAGCCCCCCAAUAAUUCCACGUCUUCGAGCUAUACAGUUGAUUUCCAAAACUGAACAAAAUACAACUAAUGGACGAAGAAACAGUUUAUAUGUGUACCAGCAAGAUGUAGAUAUCACAAGUGAAUAUGAACUUCCAUGUGGUGUUAAGAAAAAAGUAACCUCAGACGAGAGCAACAGAACUUGGGGAAGAAGCACAGCUUGUCAUCAGGAAGAAUUUGAAGAAAUGAAGAGAAGCUUUAAAAAGAAAGGCUGCACUUGGGGGCCAAGCUCAGUUCAAACAAAAGAACGUGCAGAUUGUAAAGAGAGAAUAAGACCUCUAUCAGAUGGCAGCAGUCCUUGGUCAACACUUUUGAUGAAGAAUCAGAAAGGUGUUCCACUAGCCUCUUUGUUCACAGACCAAGAACAGAAGCUUUCCCCUGAAGGCCUGGACGCCAAGCGGCCAAAACAAUUAAAAUUGCCAAAUCAGGCCUAUAUUGAUCUACCUCUUGGGAAGGCCUAUAUUGAUCUACCUCUUGGGAAGGAUGAAAAAGGAUUAAAUUCUGUAGAACAGGAGAGCUUUGAAGAAGGAAAUUCAGCCAGUUCCACAAAUAGCACUCCACAAAUGACACCCACAAACAGUCUCAGUAGAACAUUGCAGAAGAAGAAAACUGACUCUGUAUUAUAUGGAUGUACUGUCCUGCUUGCAUCUGUAGCUCUGGGCUCGGAUAUCAGAGAGCUGAAUAGGUUGCAGGCUCCAGAGGAAGGGUUGGCUAAGGAAGAAAAGAAGAAGCGUGAUGGACUGUUUCAGCGAGCUUCCAAGUUUCGUCGAAGUGCAAGCCCUGUAAGGUUGCAGUCCAAAAAAGAGGAGAUACACAUUCCUUCAUUAAGCCCAUCUGCAAGCACUGUGGAUCUUCUGUCUUUGUCUUCUGCUUCCACAAAAUGCCUUCUCCAGUCUGGCAGUGAAGAUAUUACUGCAAGGACAUCACUGCCCAGUGACAGAGAUGGUCCUAUUAAAUGUUUGGUGGCUGAAAGCCCUGUGAAUAGAAAAGAACAUAUUGCCAGAGUUGUUCCUGCCACUGAUUCUAACUUGCCAUGUCCCAGCCAUCUUCUGAAAAAGGAAUCCCAAUGUACAACAAAUGUCUCUUCCUCCAAAGUGAGAAUUUUGGGGCACAGAAGGACCAUGUCGGAUGGAAAUCCAUGUCAUACCACAACUAAUGGUGUCCCUGAAGUUCCACUUGUUCCAUUAAUCUUACAAAGAAACUUCUCCAGCGAUGCGUCUCCGGAAAAGCAAGGAACUGUCAAUAUUAUACCAAGACCUCGACCUUCUUCUUUAAGAAGCCGUCUAGAUCCUUGGCAGGCUGUGUCGCAAAGUGUGAAGACAAGCCCUUUUGAAAUGGAUCAUUUAGAGGGUGAUAGAGGUUCCAGGGUUAACUCGUUAACAGAUACGGAGGAGAGAACUAAAUCCCACAUGCCCUCAUUACUUGAUAUUGAUGUUGAGGGUCAGAACAGAGAUUGUACAGUGCCUUUGUGCAGAAUGAAGGGUAAAUCAUGUCGGCCAUCAAUAUAUGAACUGGAGAAAGAAUUUUUGUCUUAA